AGAAAAUAGCGGUGAGAAUGGGAUGGCCGGAAGGCGCGAGGAAUCCGUUGUACUCUUACAUGGACGCCUAUCUUUCUAACGAAACCCUGGGGCAAAAACUGCAGCCAUGAGAGCCUUCUUCGUCUCUGUCCUCCCUCCCGUAACCGCUUCGCCUCCUCUCAGACCACUCCACCACCCGGUCAAACCCCUCUCUCAUCUCUACCUUCCUCGGAUUAAGAUAUCCUUGGCCCGAUGGACGAGCCGAAUCCAAAGUAUUCGAGUUCUCAAAGAAGCCGUGGAGGUGGAGACCGGCGCUACGGAGGAAGUCUCAGAAGGAGGCAGCGAGCUCGGGGUUAAUGGAUUUCCUCUGGAGACCAAAGAGGACGGUUUAGAUUCGCCGCCAAAGGUUUCUAGCAGGAAGAAGAAGAAGAGGCCCGAGGAAAGUGACAGCGGAUACGAUAGGUACAAGCUGCGCAAUGGCAGGGAGGUCUUUGAAGAAAAAGCAUACCUUGUUGGAGUUGAAUGUAAAGGUAGUAAAGGGGAUACCUUUGGUAUUGAAGAAUCACUUGAGGAGCUUGCACAAUUAGCUGAUACUGCUGGACUUCUAGUUGUUGGUUCUACUUACCAAAAGCUUGCUUCUCCAAACCCAAGGACUUAUAUUGGUUCUGGCAAGGUUGCUGAAAUCAAGAGUGCAGUUCAUGCUCUCAAUGUCGAGACUGUAAUUUUUGAUGAUGAGUUGUCUGCCGGACAACUGCGUAACUUGGAGAAGGUAUUUGGUGGGGAUGUACGGGUAUGUGAUCGAACUGCUCUCAUCCUGGACAUUUUCAAUCAAAGGGCUGCAACACAUGAAGCUGCUUUACAGGUUUCUUUGGCACAAAUGGAAUAUCAACUUCCGAGGCUAACAAAAAUGUGGGCUCACCUUGAACGUCAGGCGGGAGGCAAGGUUAAGGGAAUGGGUGAGAAACAAAUUGAAGUGGACAAGCGUAUAUUACGCACUCAAAUUGGUGAGUUGAGAAAAGAGUUAGAAUCUGUCCGGAAGCAUCGGAAGCAAUAUCGAAAUCGUCGCUUAUCUGUGCCAGUUCCUGUCGUGUCUUUGGUUGGAUACACAAAUGCUGGAAAGAGUACACUUUUGAAUCACUUGACUGGAGCUGAAGUUCUUGCAGAGGAUCAGUUAUUUGCAACCUUAGAUCCAACUACAAGAAGGGUCCAGAUGAAAAAUGGGAAUGAAUUCCUUCUGACUGAUACCGUAGGAUUUAUUCAAAAGCUACCCACUAUGCUGGUUGCCGCAUUCAGAGCAACAUUAGAGGAAAUAUCUGAGUCAUCGCUUCUAGUUCAUGUUGUGGAUAUCAGCCAUCCAUUAGCUCAGCAACAGAUGGAUGCUGUCGAUAAGGUUCUACAAGAAUUAGAUGUGGCGUCAAUUCCAAAGUUGGUUGUGUGGAAUAAGGUUGACAAGACUGAUGAUCCACAAAGAGUGAAAACUCAAGCUGAAAAACAAGGUGUAAUUUGCAUAUCAGCAAUAAAUGGUGAUGGUCUAGAGCAAUUCUGCAAUGCAAUUCAAACAAAACUUAAGGAUUCAUUGGUACCAGUUGAAGCUUUUGUUCCAUAUGACAAAGGGAUGCUCCUAAAUACCAUACAUCAAGUUGGAAUGGUGGAGGAAACAGAAAGAAUUAUUUUACUUGGGAAUUUCAAUUCCAAACAUUUUUCGAAGGCAAAGAACUACAGGGACACCUUGAUGGGUCUGAUUCUAGACUUACUGGCAGUGCUAAAGUAGCAGAGUGGGAGAUGAAGGAUGCACGCAUUAGGAGUUGAAUUUUGGGAACUACGGAAUCCCACAUAAUUUUGAAUCUCUGCCCCUCUAAAACAGCCAAAGGUAUGUGGGAUUAUUUGAAACGGGUUUAUAACCAAGAGAAUGAUGCUGGAAGGUUUUAAUUGGAAUUUGAUAUUGCAAACUACAAUCAAGAGAGCUUGUCUAUUCAAGAAUACUACUAUGGUUUUUAUUAAUUUGUGGACUGAAUACUCUGAUAUUGUGUAUGCCAAAGUUCCUGUGGAGUCAUUGUUUGCUAUUCAAAAGGUCAAUGAAAUAGGCAAGAGAGAUCAGUUUCUGAUGAAA